AUGGUCAUCGGCCUCCUGGCAAUCGCCGCAAUCCCCACCGUCACCGGCGUGGCGAUGGGAGUAAGCGAACAGCGCAAAGCCAACGAACGCAAAAUGGACGCCAGACGGAUGGCGCGAUUCAACAUCGACAUUGAAACCUCAGGCGAAACACAGGAAGAGGACGAGAUACGCGGGAAGCGGUUUGUAUUGCGAGAAAACAAGGUCUAUCUGGAUGAUCCUCUCCCCGCCAAUCGCAAACAUCCCUCUCACACGGCCGAAGCCUUCUACAUCGACUACCCCGAGCUUGAGGAGACGAAACAUUUGAAAAGAGGACUUGGCCUCGUAACUACCGUCUCGGAUAACCCGCCCAUGCUGAAUUGGAUCUAUGCGGAUAAAGAGACGCAUGAGCUGAAGUAUGGGAAUCGGUCGCAGAGUGUGCAGCAUGUAGUCGGGCCGUGGGAUUGGACGGACGAGGAGACGACCAUCACGCUGGAAGGGAAGAGUGCUUUUAUGGCUGUUCAGGAAGAGGAUGGGAGUUGGGCGGUCUACUUUGACCGGGACGGUGAUGAGUUGGAGUGGGUUCUCGAGGAGGAGAAUAAGCUGGAUAAUCCGUUUGCGCCGAUAAAGCUCAAGAGGAUGAUGGUCCCGCAGGUUCCUCAGGUUGAACAAAGUAAUAAAAAUGAUAAUUCGUGA